UUUUAUUUUAUUCCUUUUGGUUGUUGUUUAUUGUGUUUUGACUGUUACACAUGAUUUUUUAGUCAUUGUGUUAAAGUAAUGCCCGUCACAAUGUAUGUUACUCAAUCUUAGCUUCUGAUGCUGUCCAGUAGGGGGCAAUGUCUGCUAAAGACCCUCCUUCAGACUCAGAUCUUGUGAAAUUUGAAAGUUUUGCAACACUGGAGGAAGUGAAAACAUCUUCAAUGAAAAAGGAAGUCACAAAGCGGAAAUCAAAACUCCAGCUCUGUCCUCAUUUAACCUCCGUUUCUUAACCAUCCCAAUAAACAGACUGUCAGAGCUUUCUGUGUUUCUCCCAGAAAUCUGUGACACUGUGUCAAGAAUGAACUUGACCCAAAUCGAGCAGCAUCUAGACUCCACCCACAGCUGUGCUGUGGACUCUGAACCACACGGCCGAGGCCAUGUGAAUCUAAUCGCCCUCAACUGCAGCAGAUCUGUCACCAACCCUUCAUGAACGAUGACCGGACCUUUCCAGAGCCUUCACCAACUGAGCACACGUGUAUGACACUCAGCUGCUGUUCAUACUGAUCUGGAUGCGUCAUGGCUCUGCUCGUGCAUGUGCUGGCUUGCGCCUUUGGGCUCGGCUCCUGGGUUGCAAUCAACGGUCUGUGGGUGGAGCUUCCGCUCAUCGUCAACACCCUGCCUGAGGGCUGGGAGCUCCCCUCCUACCUGACAGUCAUCAUCCAGCUAGCUAACGUGGGGCCUCUGUUGGUCACCCUCAUGCACAAACUGUGUCCCGGCCGCCUAAAUGAGCGCUUUGUUAUUUACCUCAUCCUCUCCAUCGGGGUCGUGUCUUGUGUCCUGCUCGCCUUUUUUUGGGAGAAGACCACGGUGGUGGCAGGGGCGCCACACAGCACGGCCUUCUUCAUCAUCACCUUCUUCCUGUCUCUGGUGGACUGCACGUCUUCAGUUACCUUCCUCCCUUUCAUGAUGCAGCUGCCAGCCAAAUACAUCACCACGUUUUUUAUAGGAGAGGGGCUGAGCGGCUUUAUUCCUGGUGUCAUCGCUUUGGCACAAGGUGUCGGCAUCGCCAAGUGUGUCAACUCCUCUAAGACGCAUGGAAACGACACAGAGUGGUCCAUGCAAACCCAGUAUCUGUCUCCAAACUUCUCCACGCAGGUGUUUUUCUUCUUCCUGGCAGCUAUGAUGUGUGUCAGUAUGGCUGCUUUUAUUGCGCUCAACCGGCUUCCUCGGACAUAUGAACUGUCCACGGAAAACCUUGUUCAGGACACUGCAGCGUCGGUCAGCUCCGGUUUGGACAACCCAGGAGCAGACACUGACGGAGGAGCUGAGAAGAGCUCUGCAGCCAAGAGCAGGCGCCUGCCGGCUGCGCAGCAACACUCCAUGUACCAGCUGAUCUUCAUCUACUGCCUGGUGGUGUGGGUGAAUUCCUCCACCAAUGGCCUGCUGCCCUCUGUGCAGACGUACUCCUGCAUGCCAUAUGGGAACCUCGCCUAUCACCUGUCUGCCGCUUUGUCUUCAGUGGCAAACCCAGUGGCCUGCACGAUUGCAAUGUUCUUUCAAAACAGAUCGCUGGUCUUUCUUGGUCUGCUGACCUUACUGGGGACGGGCUUUGGUGGCUACAACAUGGCCAUGGCAGCCAUGAGUCCCUGCCCUUUGCUUAUCGGCUCUGCGGCGGGAGAGGCUGUGAUUGUGUUGUCGUGGCUCUUUUUCACCGGGACGCUGUCAUACGUUAAAGUGAUGGUGGGAGUCAUCCUGAGAGACCACAGCCACAGCGCCCUGGUCUGGUGUGGAGCAGCCGCUCAGAUGGGCUCACUGGUUGGUUCUCUCACCAUGUUCCCCCUGGUUAACAUCUACCACCUGUUUACGUCGGGAGACUUCUGCAACACCCAGUGUCCGUCCUGACAGGAGGAAUCAAAGUCUCCCCAUCAAAGGAACUGAUUUCACUUUUGGAUGAACACUUUUUGACUGAAUUCCUUUUUAAUGCUCAAUGAAAAAAAUCGAAAUGAUUGGUUUGUUUUUUGGAUCAAUGCUAAUGUAGAUUCAGUACAUAAAGAUAAAGAAUGUGUCAGUCCAAAGUACACUCAUUCAGAAAUGAAUAUCCUCUCUAUGUUUGUUUUAUAUAAUACAGCUGCAGUGUUUAACCUCAUUUUCAAAGUCUUACAUUUUCUGACACAAUAGUAAAUUGAUCUUAAACACCACCAAUUUUUGAAAAUGACUGUUUAGUUGUUUAAAAAUGUGACUUAAGAACAAUUCAGAGUAAUUAAAAGAAAAAAAUCAAGUAAAGUACCAAAAAAGUAAUAUAUAUACCAUACAUAUAUAUAUAAAGGAGUUUGGAAGAAUGUUGAUCUCUUUAGAGAGAAAAAGAUCAGCCUUUUUUUAAAGAGACUACACAUAAACUCACCGUACUGUAUAAAAGUUUAAUCCAGCCCGUUAUGAAGAGAAAAACAUACAAGGAAAAAAGAGCAAGUUUCUAGCCCAUUCCUGUGGCGAGUUAUGGUCAUUUAAAGAAAUGGCCGCAAUGUGCAAUUCCGCCACUAGGGGGAGCAGAGGAAAAGAAAUACUGGCAUAACAAGAAAUCAAGAAAUUAACAGAAUUUCUUUACAAGCACGUCUGGGUAAGAUGCAGUUAGGUUCCCUGUGAGUUGUUUUGAAAAUUAUCAGGUUUGACAUCACAAGUACAAAAAUGUCGUUUGGAAAAAAUAAUAAUAAUGAUAGCUCUAAUAAUAAUAAUUAUUAUAAUAAUAAGUGGUUGAGCUGUUAGGUUGUUUGAAGCAUUUUUUCUGAGAAAAAAACAAACAAAAAACAAAUAAAAAACAAGUUGAUCAUUGAUUAUUAUGCUAUUAUGAUACUGGUCCGGCCCACUUGAGUUCAGACGAACUGGCCCCCAAAGCAAAAUGAGUCUGACACCCUUGUAUUAGACUCCAAACAUGACAUAAAUAAGUAUUAGGGGUGGGUGAUGUGAAGGACACGAAUGCAGGCGGUAAAGACACAUGAUGUAUGUCUAAAAAUAUUAAAUAAAAUUCGGCACAAAAUGAAAAAUCUAAAUUCUAACAUGACUCAUCAACAGUAGUGUUAUAAUUAAAAAAGAAACCCAGUUUCUCUCGUUUAUAAGUGUUUUUUUUUCUUUGGUAAAUGUCAUUGGUCGAAAGAGACGGAGGGUGUUUUGAAGGUAGAAAAAAAGGCAAGCAUUUACAGUUAUGUAAAUGUGCAGAUAUAUAUUGACAUCACUAAAAAAUGAAACUUCAAAAAGUGCACUAAAAGCUGUAAACAUGAAUACCUGGACAGCAUAACAUUUAUGUCAACAUAAAAAAGGCUGAGAGAAUUUAUUUACUUCCUGUACAAGUUUAUAUAACAUUUUAUCUACAAAGUAAACAAUUUACAGGUUCGUCCGGUGUGUCAUAAAAUGCAAUGGCUUUAACUGUAAUCAAAAAAUCUUAGCUUUCAUUAUUGCAACCCCAAAGAAUUGUGGGAUUGGAUUAUUGUUUCAGAAAGAUGCCUCUGGUAAACAAAGGAAGAACUGGACCUCCAUUAAUUUUUACUGAACUGAAUGUUCUUUUCAAAGUUACUUUUGCUUGAUCCUUUCAGUGAGUAAAUGGAAGACAGAAACCUAAAUAUUUUAUAGAUGCAAAAAAAAUAAAGUUGAAGUUUCAUGGGCUGUUCUGAGGAUUUGACUCAUCUCCUGAGGGAACAAUGAGCUGCAGUCACUGCAAGACUCCAUCCAGAUGCUUUUAGUGGUUUAAAAGCUGUUCAUGUUUGGUGUCAAGCACAGAAACAUUUUAGAGUCUUUAGCAUGAUCUCCCGGACAAAAUCAGAAAAAACUAUAUCAAAGUACAUUAUGUAAUAUGUAUGAACUAUUUAUGUAUGUAUCAAGUGAACAUCAAGUUUUUGUCUCAUUGUUUGCUAAUUCCUAAAGAGCGAAUUAAAAUGAAG